AUGGAGAGUCAAUCCCCGGUCUUUGACAGCACCUGCUGUAACCUGUUCGACGAGCCCAUUCAACUUAAGGAUAUCCCAGCUACUAAUGAAAACGCCGCACCUAGCACAGCAGAAGCUACUGAUUUGGAACGUCAAAAACAGCCUAAGGUGAAGUCAGCACCCAUAGUAUUGAGCAUUAAACCUUCGGAGAACCGCAAACUGAAACUUUUCUUUUGUGGAUUGUCUGCGCUUUUAUUAGCGAUCAUUAUGCCAUUCAUGCUUGCGUUUGGGACUGUGGGAAUUAAGAUUAUCGGUGCAUUUGGUAUAAGUCUUUGCUUUUUCUUUUUGACGGUUACUCUUGCUAUUGUAUUUGAUGCUAUUGAGAUACUUGGAACUAUGGUUUUCAACUGGUGUAUGCUUGGGGGAUUUUUGACAACGCUUUUGUGUCUGAGUGUAUUUGCCGUUCUCAUAUGGAAAGAAGCACUUUAA